AUGGUAAUUUACAGAAGACUCAAUGAUCAUAUUGUGGGGGAGGGACACAGCUCAGGGACCAUCAACGAUAAUAGCCGAGCAACCGGCGACAACAACAGCCCAGCAACUGUCGAUGGUGACAGCACAGACAGCAGCAAGGGCGACAGCCCAGUGAACGACAGUGACAGCACAGAGACCGGCGAAGGGAACAGCGUCAGUUACAGGAACGAAGGCAGCCACACAGUGACAUGUAGCACGGGCGACCAUGCAUAUUACACUCUGCAUGAGCGAGAAGCACAGUGCUCAAUGCUGAACAGUGCGGACGCUGUGGAGCUGGGCCUGAAGAGUGCAGCGGAAAACCAGGGGGGAGCAGAAAACUCAGUGUCUGAAGGAGACGAAAACGCACAGACACUGAGUUUACAGGCUCCUGAACUCAAAGAAAUGGAUCCGUCAGCAACAGAAGCAUGGCCCUUGAACACAAGUGCAAAGCAGGAGCGAAGGGAACAACUUCAUGAGAAAUUCGAGCCUCUCAGAAGGCAAGACGCUCCAUGUGAGAAGAACAAGAUGAGGAAGACAAUGAAAGAGACGAACAGAGGACAGAGGAGAUUGGAGGAACUGACGAAACGUCUAAGAGCUGUGCCUCAGAACACCACACGAGACCCUGACAGCACAGCCACUUGUGACGGAGACAGCACAGCCACCGGCGAGUGCGACAGGGUAGCCGCCGGCAAGGGCGACAGCAGAGCCACUGACAAGUGCGACAGGCUAGCUGCCAGCAAGGGCGACAGCACAGCGACUUGCGACGGAGGCAGCACAGCCACCGGUGAGUGCGACAGGCUAGCUGCCGGCAAGGGCAACAGCACAGCGACUUGUGACAGAGACAGCACAGCGACUUGCGACAGAGGCAGCACAGCGACUUGCAAUGGUGACAGCACAGCCACCGGCGAGGGUGAGAGCACAGCCUCUGGCGAGGGCGACAGCCCAGCGAUCGGCAACGACAAAAGCCCAGCAACCUGCAACGCUGAUUUACCUGAUUUCUAUAUUCUGAAGCAGAGAAUCGUGAAGGAAUUCACAGUUCCAGAACCAUUCCCACUGCCUCGCGAUGCAUGGCUUGAACGCUAG